GCCGGGCACGGCACGGCACGGCACGGCACGGCAGCCCGGCAUGCGGCCCGUCGCGCUCCUGCUCUGCCCGCUGGCCGCGGCCCUGUCAGGGCGCUUCUGGCACGUCACCGACCUGCACUGGGACCCCGACUACGACGCGGCCGUGGCCGCCGGGCAGGUGUGCCCCUCGGGCGGCCCCCGCGCCGCGCCCGCCGCCGGGCCCUGGGGCAGCUACCUCUGCGACGCACCCUGGCGCCUGCUCGUCUCGGCCGCCCGCGCCAUGAGGAGGCGCCUGCAGCGGCCGGACUUCGUCCUCUGGACCGGAGAUGAUACUCCUCACGUCCCCAAUGAGAAGCUUGGAGAAGAAAAGGUUCUGCACAUAAUAGAAAAUCUGACUUCUCUGAUCAAAGAGACGUUUCCAGAUACCAAAGUCUACGCAGCAAUGGGCAAUCAUGACUUCCACCCCAAGAAUCAGUUUCCAGGGAGACAGCACAGGAUCUACAACCGAACAGCUGAACUAUGGCGUCCCUGGCUGAAUGAUGCUUCCACUGCUUUUUUCAGGGCAGGAGCUUUCUACAGUGAGAAGCUGCCCAGCCCAGGGACAAGGGGGCGAAUGGUUGUCCUCAAUACCAAUCUGUACUACGACCAGAAUGAUGAGACAGCUGAUGAGGAAGAUCCUGGAGGGCAGUUCCAGUGGCUGGAAGAAACACUGACCAAUGCCUCUAGAGCAGAUGAAAUGGUCUAUAUUGUGGGGCAUGUCCCUCCUGGCUUCUUUGAGAAGAAACGAGGAAAGCCCUGGUUCCGGAGUGGCUUCAAUGAGCGGUACUUGACGACUGUGCAGAAGCACCACAGAGUGAUUGCUGCCCAGUUCUUUGGGCACCAUCACACAGACAGCUUUCGGAUGUUUUACAGUGAUACAGGUUCUCCAAUCAAUGUCAUGUUCCUGGCCCCUGGAGUGACUCCCUGGAAAACGACAUUACCUGGAGUGAACAAUGGAGCCAACAACCCUGGGAUUCGGGUGAUCAACUACGAUCCAGACACCCUUCAAGUGUUGGAUAUGGUGACUUACUACUUGAACCUAACCCGUGCGAACAUGAUGGCCCCAACAUGGGAGGAAGAGUUUCCAACAUGGGAGAAAGAGUAUGUGCUGACAGAAGCCUUCCAAGUCCCUGAUGGCUCUGUGCGCUCCAUGCAAACGGUGCUGGAGAGGAUAUCAAAGGAUCCCCACUAUCUGCAGCAGUACUAUGAGUUUAACUCUGUCAGAUAUGACCUCACCCCAUGUGAGGAGGCCUGCCGUGUCGAUCAUGUCUGUGCCAUCAGGGAAAUUGAUUUUACAAAAUACGAUGAGUGCGUUAAAGCCAGCAGCUCUGCCUCUGCAGCUGUCAGUGUUUGGUUUUUAUUCUUCUGCUUGCUCUUAAGACUUCUCAGUCCGCAGCAAGCACUGUAAUGACAGAGAGCAAGAGAAAACGAAGAGAGUGCAAGUUCGUGAUGCACGUGAGUUGGCAGUUGUGAAUGCUUUUGGUGUUGAGAACUUACUCGGAAACCAAGACAAAAUCAGUGGCUCUUACUAAAAGCUCUGUGAUGUCAAUUUGAAAUCUUUUUCUAGAAAAGCUUGAUGUACCAGAAAAGGGCAGUGAUUGUUACAGUCUUUGUGCCAGGCUGACUGGUGCCAGGGAGCGUGUCCCACUCGUCCCGUGACGUCUGAGGCAGUCUCCUGAAUCAGAUGAAUUCCAGGCCCUGUGGAUGGGAGCUGUGAGCUGCCCUGUGUCCCUGAGGAGUCUGCUGCCAGGUGGGUACCUUCUGGAAAGGCCACCAACUGGUGACCCAGAAGGUCUUGUUUUGGUGGCCUUGUGCAGUAGCAGCCUUGCCUUUGGCUUGUGAGCUAAGCCAGGUGGGAUUAGUUCUUUGACAGUGUAUGAACUUAAGCAAGUGUGGGCUGUGACUUUCAUGUGUCAGCAUCCAAGAUGAGGCUCUAGGCUAGUGAGGUUGAUUAUUAAUAAAUAAUAAACACCUCUUCCCUUC